CUCCCCCCUAAAUGCCUCGGAGAAGGGCCGCACUGCACACGGCGCCUUCCAGUUCUUGUUCUAGCUAGCUCUCGCCCCAAGAACCGCGAUGCCGCCGCCGCCGUCCUCCUCCUCCCUCCGCGACCUGCUCGCGCGGGAGCGCUCCGAGCUUCCCGAGCCCGCCGCGCCGUGCCGCACGGUGUCGAGCAGGCAAAUGCCGGGGUCGCCGCCUCCCCGCGGCGCCGACGACGCGGUGGGCACGGUGGUCUCGAUGCUAUCCGGCUACGCGGGGCGGUUCUCCAAGGACGCGGAGUUCCGGCGGGCGCUCCGGGAGAAGUGCGCCGCGUGCCUCGCGCCCGCGGCGGGGGAGCACGCCGUGCUGCUGGCCGACCUCGAGCUGGCCAUCGAGAGCAUCGAGCGCCUCGCCGACGCCGCCCCGUCCCCGCGGGACUCCAAGAUCCGCUCGCUGCGCAACUCCAUCCGCCUCCUCGGCAUCGUCGCCGCGCUCCACGCGCCGCCGCACCCCGCCGCCUCCGGUGACCGCGAGGGCGACGCCCGCGGGGUGCCCAGCUCCCACCUCUCCGCGUGCGCGCAGCUCUACCUCGCCGUCGUGUACAAGAUGGAGAGCGACCCCCACCUCGCGGCGCGCCACCUCCUCCAGGUGUUCGUCGACGCGCCCCACCUGGCCCGCAGAACCCUCCUCCCGGACCUCUGGGCCCACGUCUUCCUCCCCCAUCUGCUCCAUCUCGAGGUCUGGCUCGCCAAUGAGUCCGAGCUCGUCGCCGGCUGCGGCGACGCCGACGGCCGGAGCAGCAGCAGGAUGAAGACCCUGCAGAGGCUGUACGACGACCAAAUGGACAGCGGCACAGCUCAGUUCGCAAUGUACUACAAGGAGUGGCUCAAACACGGCGGCGAUGCGCCGCCCGCCAUCCCCUCCGUGCCAUUGCCUUCGACGCCCUGGAGUUUCGACAAGUGGGAGAAGCACUCGUCGUCACUGCGCACGAGCUCCAUCAACAGAAAUCUGUACAAUGCCGUUUUCGGCACGUCGUUUGAGCAGGAGGACGCGAAGCUGCCGAAUGAGGCUGAAUAUGUCCCGGAUAUGGAUGUGCAAUUGGAUGAAAAUUCAGAUAGCUUGAAGAUGGAGAAGCCUGCUCAUAGAAACAUUGGGCUACAAGAGAAGCAGUCCGGCAUUCGGAAAGAAAGCACUGUUCCGGAAACAGCACCAACUCCACGCAAAUCCUACUCGUUGCGUUUACUCUCAUGCCGCGGAGAUGUAAGCAGGAAUGUUAUUGAUCACCCUAAGGUAACAAAGAGAGGCAAUGUCUCUGUCGAGAAAGAGCUAGAUUGCUGCGAGGUAACAGUGAGUCUACAACGAGCAGUUUCCAUCGUAUCGAAUUCAGACAGUCUUACACAGUGCGAGUACGCUGUGCACGAAAUCGCCACAGCAUGUUCAAAUCUAGGUGGGGGUCCUAAUCUUGGAACUUGGAUGUCAUGUCCCUCUUUUAUUCAAGGGCUUCUCGAGGUCACAUUCACUUCCAAAGAUGAUGCAGUACUUGAGUCAGCAAUCUUGAUAAUGGGAGAGCUGGUUUUGAGAAAUGAGGUCAAUAGGCAGAUCGUUCUUAACGCAGAUCCACAGCUUGAGAUUUUCUUGAGGCUUCUGGCUCUGAGAAGCAAUGGCUUGUUUCUGAAGGCAACUGCAGUGCUUUAUUUGAUGAAGCCAAGAGCUAAGCAGAUGCUAUCUAUGGACUGGAUGCCACUAGUAUUGCACAUAUUGGAGUGUGGGGAUGAGGUGCAGCUUGUGUCUUCCCUGAAGUGUUAUCCAAAGAUGGCGGCAUUCUACUUUCUAGAUCAGCUCCUUACGGGGUUUGACAUCGACAGAAAUGUCGAGAACGCAAAGCAGAUGAUUGCUCUUGGUGGUUUGGACCUGCUGAUGAGCAGACUUGAAGUUGGUGAUGCCCGUGAAAGUAGAAUCUGCAUCUCUCUCUUGACCUCAUGCGUCCAAGCCGAUGGCAGCUGUAGAUACUACUUGUCUGAUCAUCUGAAGAAGGAGCCUCUUGUUCAACUUCUUGUAGGAAAUGAGAAAAAGGCUAGUGCUGCUGCCCUUAACUUGAUGAGUGAACUAACCUGCCUUAACAGAACAAGCCAGAUGGUAGAGUUCCUCAAGGAGCUGAAAAGUGGUGGCUGCUUAAAUACAAUGCAAAUUCUAUUGGUCUAUCUCCAGCAGGCUCCUCCUGUCCAACAUCCAUUAGCAGCUGUCAUGCUACUUCAGCUUGAUCUACUGGGAGAUCCUUUGCAGUACAGCGUUUACCGACAGGAAGCGAUUGAUGCUAUGAUGGCUGCCUUGGAGCAUAGUUCAGAGAGCGUAAAGGUGCAAGAACAGUGCGCUCGAGCUCUGUUGCUCCUGGCAGGGCGGUUUUCAUCCUCGGGAGAACCCAUAGCAGAAGCAUGGCUACUGAAGAGAGCAGGCGUAGAUGGCUCCCUGUCGGAAUCAUUUAGAAGAACAGAGAUUUUCAAAAAUAAGGGUGCACGAGCGGAAGAAGAGAAGGUGGUCGAAGAACGGCUGAAGAAACUUGCCCUCGUGCUGGUAAAAACCGGGAACAAGCGGUUCCUCGCGGCGCUGUCAAACUGUAUAUCUGAUGGAAUCCCAACUUUGGUCCGAGCGUGCCUCGUAACGGUAGCAUGGAUGAGCAGCUCCCUCUCCCCAUUGCAUGGAUGCAACACUUUCCAGCCUUUGGCGUGCUCCGUUCUCGCUGCUAAGCUUCUAGAUAGGUUGAGCUAUGACAGAGUUAUGGAAGAGAGGGUGCUCGCUUCGCUAUCGCUGUUGAACCUUGUGAGACAUCCAGAAUGCUUGGAGGGGCUUUUGCCACUGAAGAGGGACACAACGGAGUCGUUGCGUGACCUGGCAGAUGUGACGUGGACCGCCAAGGAGCUCCUCUUCGCGUGCUGCAGAUGACAGACCCUACCUGAAGAGGGAACAGCUUCUCAGUGCAUACCAGCAUGGAAGAAGUGUAGGGAUCAGUCACAACUUAGUGUAAUUUUGCCCCUUUUUUGUACACAUUUCUUUUCUUGAUUUGUAAAGCCUCAGAUUUUAUUUCCCUUGUAACACAGAGAUGUUUUCUCCUUGCUAUGAGUUUAUUAUUUAUUUCCCUCCGUAGAGACCUCGGAGCACUCCCACAAGGCCAAGGACUCUAGUUGCUGGUAACCAUUGUGAAGUGUGGUGCUAAGAGAAUAAAAGUUAGAAUUGGUGAAUA